ACUUUGCAAUGCGGCAGUUGCAGUAUUCCAUUCUCACCGACCGUUUUGAGUAGUCCGUAGUGGUGGGAAAAGGAGCGUGCGACAGCAGCAAUCAGCUAAUCAGCAAUCAGUUGUCAUUAAGCCGGAGAGAGCAGUGGUUAGUGCAGUUUUGUGAUUUAAGAAGAUUACGAUGGUUACUACCACGAAUGCGGUCACUAGUACUAGCAUGAUUCAAGGAAAUAGUACGACGCCUACAUCUAACACCCCUGGCACAGGCGAGAAUAAUAAUGGUGUUAAGAGAAUUAGUGAUAAUAGAAGGAGUAACAAGCCUAUUAUGGAGAAAAGGCGGAGGGCGAGGAUAAAUAACUGUCUCAAUGAGUUGAAAACGCUCAUAUUGGACGCCAUGAAAAAAGAUCCUGCCAGACAUUCAAAGCUGGAAAAAGCUGACAUCCUGGAGAUGACAGUCAAGCAUUUACAGAACCUUCAAAGACAGCAAGUCGCUAUGUCAGCGGCAGCAGAUCCCUUAGUAGUUAAUAAAUUCAGAGCAGGGUUUAGCGAGUGCGCUUCAGAAGUCGGCAGAUUUCCAGGUCUAGAUCCAAUCGUCCGACGAAGGUUACUCCAGCAUCUAGCCAACUGUCUCAGCCAAGGUUCCAAACCACAAGAAGUUCCUCAAGUACAAGUUCACAUACUUCCAAACACUCAAAAACCUUUAGAACAGCAAGUACCCCAAAGCAGUGGCAUUAUUCUUAGUAACGGUAACGGUACUGGAGUUCAACUAGUACCGACAAGACUACCGAAUGGAGAUUUAGCUCUGGUACUUCCUACGACCUUACAAACACAGCCCCAGUAUUCACCGGCGGCAGUACCAUUAUUAGUGCCGAUAGUACCGGAAAGAACCGCUUCAACCACAUCAGCGACCAGCAGUUACUCGAAUUAUUCUCCCAGUCAUAGUCCAGAGCCUAUGGAGUCUAUGUACAGCCAACCCAAGCCUUUGUCUUUGGUUGUAAGGAAAGCGGAGCCUGAGGAAGAUAAACCUUGGAGGCCUUGGUGAAAGAGACUAUGUGAUUUUAAUAUUGAUUCUUUUAAAAAAUUGCUUAAUAAUUAUUUUCAACUUCACUCAGCGGCAAAAUUAACGGAACACCUUAAAAAUGGGACAUGUUAAAUGUGUCAAAUUUCCUAAACCUGUCGUCCGAUUUGAGUGAUUUUUUAGUAUGUUAUAGCCUUAUUCUUUAAGAAGAUCGAUGUAAUAAUUACUGUUGCUAGACAGGUACAUGUCAUUUUUUUAUACCGGGUGUAACAAUCAAUAUAUACUGUGUUUUUCCUUAAAGUUCGGGAAAUAUUCUAGCACAUUUAAAAUAUUGAAAUUAAAACUCAAUUGUAGCCCUAGGCUUCAUUAACAUUUUCUUUUUUGAUUCAUUUGAUUAUUAUGGAUAAUACGUUAACAACUAGUCAUGUUUUCAUAAAUAAAUCCUCAUUUUCUGGUUAGUUUAAUAGACAAGCCUAAAGUAGGCUAUGAGAAAUUACCAAUUUAAUAGAUGUCAAAUUGUCAACAGUCAAAAAGUGUCUGGUUUGUUGUGAACAUUAGCAGAUUUAUUAUUUAAAGUUUCAAUUAAGUCAGUAUUUUUUUGUUGUUUGGUGGAAAUGGAACACGCUACAAGGAAUUUGACCCGCGACGAGUGUGUUUAAUCAGUGAUCUUACAUAGCGAGGGACUUAGCUACCAUGGUAUCGGCUCCUUAUAUUGGUAACAAUUUUUUGCUAAUGCACGAUAAUACAAGACCUCACGUUCACAAACUGUAAUCAAAUAUUUACAACAGGUAAAUCUUCGGACUUUGAAUUGGCCAUCGCAUAGUCCAAAUCUUACCGAUCGAACAUGUGUAUGACAUAAUUGGCAGAAGUCUACGACAGCGUUUUUCACCUCCUAGAACCUUACAAGAGGUAGAAACAGUAGCUCUCGAAAUUUGGAACGAUAUUGAUCAAGACCAAAUAGCAUACCUCAUUUGUAAUAUAAAAGUACAUAGUUACAAUUGAGUUAUUUCAAUAUUUUAUAUAUGCUAGAAUAUUCCACAUACAAUUGAGUUAUUUCAAUAUUUUAUAUAUGCUAGAAUAUUCCACAGAGUGUUCCGAACUUUAAGGAAAAAACACAGUAUGAUUGUUACACCCGGUAAAAAAUGACACCUGUCUAGCAACAAUAUCAUUACAUUGAUUUUCUUAAAUAAUAAGGCUACCUAUAACAUACUAAAAAAAUCACUCAAAUCGGACAACAGCUUUAGGAAAUUCGAGACAUCUAACAUGUCCCAUUUUUAAGGUGUUCCGUUAAAUUUGCCGCUAUGUUUAUAUAGAUUAUAUUUUUUAAUUAUUUCCGAGGAUGAUUUCUUAAAAGACCAAAGUUAUUGUCAUUAAAAUGACCAAUAACAAAAACAUAAUUAUUUCUUUGAAAACUGGUUUAUAACUAGAGACCGGAAUAUAUACAACCGAAAACAGAAUGUAAGAUCACAUAUGUAAUAAAAUUGCACUAAAAAUGCACUUUUAAAAUUUGCCUUAAUAUACCUACACCUUUAUUACACUAUUAGACUCGAAAAACCAUAAAUAAAACUAAUGUAAAUUUCGGAGAUUCUAACAGCUACUUAUUCCUAUAAGCUUCACUGACACUUUUGGAUUUCGGAAAAAUCCGUCCCACUAAAAAUGUUUAUGCAUGUUUCAUUCAGAAAAUAUUAGCAUUAUACAUUUUUUUUCUCAUAGAAAUAUGCCUAUAUGUGCAAUUUCUUGUAAAAAUAUGAAAUUUAUGCAAAAUAUGCUAGAUAUACAAAAAUGUAUUUUGAUAUAUUUCAGUCUCUAUUUAUAACUAUAAUAUAUUGAUAUUUUUUAAAAGAACUGAUAUUUUGAAAUACGAAAAAUGUGAUAUAUCUUACUGUAGAUUAUACUAAAUCAGUAUUAAGAUUUGCCUUAUUUGGAUAAAACUCAUUCUAAUACUUCGCUUGUUUAUUUUUAUCUUUUAGAAAGAAGUUUCUUAAUUAUGUUUAUUUCUUAUUUUAAAGCAGAAGAUACCCUUACUAGUGUAGAAUAAGUCUCGAAAAGAGAAGAUAUCAUUGUUUUUGAAACAGUACAACCAACCGUUGUCUUUAAUUGGUUGUUUAAAUAAUAGAGAAGUUCAGUAUUUUCUUUGUUUGAUACUGAAGCAUCGUUUUUUGUAGCAUCUUUAGUAAUGCCACUGAAAGCUUUUGGGCCUACAAAGGUUUCCCUCGAGCCUUGUUUUGCCAACAGAUCUCGUUCACUUCCAUGCACCCCUUCAGGGCCCGGCACGCAUAUUAAAGGCACUUUAUUAUCUCUUGCCAAGUUGUUGACGAGAUCUUUUACAGUUCCUCAUUAGAUUUGGUUUGGUGAGUUGGUUCUUUACUUCCAGAAUAGCCUCUUGGCUAUGUAAAUUUUAAUUUUCUAUGCUUUGAGAUCAACGUCUAUGAUUUCAUCAAUGUAGGACACCAAAGCAAAAAUUUCAGCCUGGAACAUAGUUGUAUAUCGACCUAGGCUAAAAGAUUUAUUAUAAUUACAUGUCUGCCCAAAGACUCCUGUCCAUUGGCAGUUUUAGAUUCAUCAGUGAACCAUAUUAAGUCCUCAUUAAUAUUUGGCACUUUUUGUUCUCUAGAUGGUGUAAAUCUUCUCAGUGAAGAUUAUUUUUGAUGCCAUCGUAUGUAAGUUCAUCAUAAAGAUGGUUUCCUCAAGAGUAUAGUCCUAGUAGUGUUUUGUGAGUCCAUUCAGUACAUAGUUCGACCUCCAAGUAUUAUUUGCUAUGAGUCUCUUGAUGAUCGUAAAUGCUACACCAAAAUAUAUAACUCCGGUGGAGGGAGACCUGUGACAGCCUCUAAAGAAGCCGUUCCUGUACUAUUCAAGGCUCCUUUUACAUCUAGAAAGAACCUAUUGAAUUCCAGUUUAUGAACGCCAAAAAGCAACAGUGGCACCUGACUCAAGUAGAGCAAAACGCCUUUUGGCGGCACAAGGUGUUAAAAGUCAAAAAAUAAAGUGAAAAGUAACAGUAGAUACAAGACACAAGUGGUAUAUAAUAAGAUAUCUCCCAGAUAGUACUGCAACUCAACCCGUAGAACGCCAACGGUGACAAAAUCCAAAAUAUACUCCAAUUUACUCAAAUUAGUAAUAGUUACAGUUUUUUUCUUUUAAUUAACGUAUUAUAUGAAUAAGUUUGAUUUAGAUCUAUUUAUUCAUACAUGAAACUAGUAAUCAUUGAUUACUUCUCUGAACUGAACUUGUCUAUUGUUUAUUAAAGAUCUAUUUAUUUUUUAACUUAAUUAGGAAUGAGCUGAAUGUGAUGUCAUAGUAGUUUUUAUAAUACAGUGAGGAGAUUUAGGUUGGAAUAAAUUUGAUAUUUUCUUAUUAACAAUAUUUUAACACAUGUUUUUCGAAGCAUCUACACUCAACAGGUAGAUGUGAGUAUGGCACUAGCAUAGCUGAUCUAAAUCACAUAUUCUAACUAUCUCUUACAUCUUACAUCUCAAUCUACCACUUACUAGUUAUAAAGAACCUGAUAGAGAAGUUUGCAGAAUACAACAAAUCAUUGGCACUAAUCCACUGAUAUGCGUGGACUAACACUAACAGAAAGAAUUCGAUAUCAUAUUAAGUCAGCAAAAAAUGUUAAAAGUAUUUCACUUCUUCUCUUCAAACGAAUCACUUUAAAAAGUAUUAAAUUCAGUCCUAUCUAAACAUCCUCACUGUAUAUUUUUAUGUGUAAAUUAUAAGUGCCUUCAACAGCAAGAUCUAAAAUGUCUUCCAAAAAGAUGUCACUAAUAGAACUGUUCCAAAGACGAAAAAGGAAUGAAACAAAACAUUGAAUGCAAUAUUAGUACCUACUGUUUAUAUGAGUUCAUUUUUUUCGUCUUGGUGGAUGGUAUCAAUAUGUGGGAUCUUGAAUAGUUGAGUUGAAUUAUGUUUAUUUACUAUUAAAUUUAAAUAUUUAGAAAAUAUUAUUAUAUUGUAGGUAAAAUAUAAUAUACCUUGAUUAAUUA